GGUACCGAAUCGAGCCAAGUUCUCUUUUCCUUUUUGUCCAGUCGUGGUCGCCGUCGGUGUGCAAAAGUCGAUUGGUUUUUGAAAGGUGAAAUAUUUUAUAAAAAUUCAGGGAACCUUGCAGAAUCAGCGGUGAAGCUACGUGAACAUGCCGGAAGCACCCGCUCGUAAUCCGCUGGAAAGCUUCACCAAUGCAGUCAGCUCGAUGAUCGACGGACCAGUCACCUGGUUCCGCGAAUCGGUCGUUGAACCGAACCGCAAAUCCUAUCCAUGGUAUCAUCAAAAGUUCCGCCGGGUGCCCACCAUCGACCAGUGCUACACCGAUGAUGCCGUUUGCUUCUUCGAAGCAAACCAACAAUUCAAGCGGGACAAAUUGGUUGAUAACGAAAUUCUGAACAUUCUACGCCAACGUUUUGAGGACUGCAUUCUGUACGAGAAUCCGGAUCAUGCAAGAAAGUGUCGUCCACUUCUGGACGAGUACGAAAAAGCCGCCGAGAACUGGUUCAUCAAGUAUGGUGAUCUUGGUGGCUACGCCAAUGCUAAAACGUGCUAUAUGAAGCAGAAGCAUCGCAUGGUUUGGGAAAGACGCCACGGUCCGGUUGGUUCCGGAAUGAAGCAGGAGGGAGAAUCUUUCGAGCAUUAGCUUGGAAAGUGCUGUUGCUGUUCCAGUGCUGAAAGUGUGUCCUCCCUAGGAUGGAAAGUAGUUGAUCACUUUGGUAAACAUUUUCGUUAUGCAUUGUGUAAAUAUAAGCCGAAAUGAAAA